ACUUCUACCGACUGCACGUGUUGGCGUUUAAUCUUAAAUUUUGGGUUCGCUUGUUUUUGUAACUGUAAAGCGCCAUGGCUGCAGCAGCAUCGAUUGCAGUUAAAAGGAAGCGUAUAUCCAAGAAAAACAAAUCUGCCUGGCGUAAAACAGACAUACAAGAUGUCGAACAGUUCUUGGAGCAUCAGCGACAGGAGGAGCGCAUUGGCACGUUUGAGGAAAAGCAGGAUGCGGAUCUGUUUACCAUAGAUGCAUCGCCGCUAAAGGCGCCGCCCAGUUUAUUGAGCAUAAAGCAAAAGCGUAAAUUAAAUGCAAAGAAACCCAUGCGUACACAUUUGGCGCUAGAGAAUACGUCCAAGGUGCAGGAUCCCAUAGUUAGCCGCAAUCAUGUGAAACAAAAGCAGAAUGGUCGCAAUAUUGAGCAGGAGGUGCGCAAUCCCACCAAGCCGCGUCAUCGCCAGGCCAACAGCGAUCGUGCCUCGUACUAUGAAAAAAUGGAGAAGCGUGCCACAGAUAAGCAGAGCGGCAAGCGUGUGAACAACAUGGAAAAGGACAUUUGGAUAGAGGAAGACUUUCGUGAUAAGAUACCUGGACUUAAGGAUGAAAAGGGCUGGAUUAGCCGCAACCUGGCGCUGCACAUAGCCGGCAAUGUGGGCAAGAAACUGGUCAAAACACAUGCCAGUCUGCAUCACAAGACCACCAAAGCCAAGAAAUUCGAGCCACCACAUCCGGGCAUGAGCUACAAUCCAACGCUGCGUGCACAUCAGGAGCUGAUAGAUACUGUCGUCGACCGCGAGACAGGCAUUAUAAAGAAGGAGCAACACUUGAAGCGCGUAACCACCAGUAUGUUCAGCAAGGUAACGCCCGAGGAGCGUGACAAGCGGCGUCUUAUGGAAAUGAGCGAGGGCAUGCCAGACGCUGAGCAGGAGCAAGAAGCAGCUGGCGAAGAAGCGGAUGAGACAGAGGCUAAACCCACAGACAAUGCUUAUACCACAAUCAAUGCGCCCGUGGAGAAUAAAAAGAAGAGCAAACAAGCGCGCAGCAAGGAGCUGAAACAAAAGGAACUGGAGCGACUGCAUCAAGUGAAGAAAGCGCUCAAGAAACAGACAGCCGAUCUUAAUAGAAUCAAAUCCAUACGCGCGGAGCUAAACGAGGAGGCUGAGGAGCUCAAUGAGCUGAAGAAGCGUCGCAAGCAGACCGUGGAACGCAAAAAGUUCGAGCCCAAGCGCUUGGGUCGUCACAAGUUCGAGGAGCCCGAUUUGGAUGUGAAUAUGCCCGAGGAUUUGGCCGGCAAUCUGCGCAAUGUGAAGGUCGAGAGCAAUUUGCUUACAGAUCGCUUCAAGCUGCUGCAAAAGCGCAACAUGCUGCCCACGACGGUCGCAGUUACACGCAAGAAGUCAAAGGUCAAACGCUAUCCGCGCAACUCGCACAAGGAGGCGGGCACUAGCUAUCAAGAUCUGCGGGAUCAGCGCAAGGCAGCAGCAGCGGCCGCAAAGGCCAACAAGGACACCAUUAAAAUAUAGUUGUAAAAUAUAAUUUUUGUUUUUAAUAUAAAGCAACCCUACUAUAUUAA